AUGUACACGCCACGCGCCGAAAGGACGGCUGCUGCUGAUGACGACCUGACACCACCACUCACCACACUUGCUCUUAAAUUGGUCAUCGCUGUUGACAACCUGAGACUGACGCUUCCGUUGAAAGCUCGUCGUCGCCAUAAUGGUGGUCCUGCAGCGGUCAGGGCACGGUUUGGCGAGUGUGUCUAUGGAGGACAGCGUACUCAGGAACAUCCAGAAUACAACUAUCAUAUCUGCAAAUGUGGAGGUGAGGAGGCUGUCGACGAAGCCUUGAAGAAAUAUGUUUCCUUCGUGGAGGCCGGAAUCAAUCCAGCAAGCACAGCAAUUGAUCCACCGUGGCGUAAAUCGGUCAAUCUGGGUAGUCAAUAUCUGACAGAGUUGGGCGGUGAAAGCCCAAAAUCGGGACCACUGGCAGUGCCGACGAGCUACGGUGGGGGCACCCCUCAACAGUCGCUGUCCGGUUUUUCUCGCUUGGAUUGUAACCCGAACUCAUUUAACCUGGCGGCGUUUAGAUCACCCGGUUUGCUAGGAACGCAUGGAUUUAAUUUUAGUAACAACUUUGGCUUCCGGGACCCGUCCGUAUAUGACCCAGCAAACGUGCCUCCGACACCAAUACAGCAACAUCUGCCUCAGGCUAAUGGGACAAGCCUGUUGAAUCUAACGCAGGGAUUCCGAGGAGCUAGCGACGGAAGUCCUGUAAAUCUGUACCUCGGCAGUUCAAGUCCGUCGAGGGAUACGAAUUUGGACUCGUACGGCUACCAAAAGAAGGACUAUCCAGACAGCCAAGAUAACAUUAGUUUCAACGAACAAAACAAAGAAGACGAAGUGAACGUUCUUAGUCGGGAUAACAGUCCUAACGGAAGGGUAAACUACAACUCCGAUAGUUCGGACGUACGUGAAAAGCGCCUCGAUACCUGCAGUCCCGUUGAAAGCAAUCGCUCUUAUUCUAGUCAAAAUAAAGACGAUCUUACAGGCUAUCACAGUCCUCAUAACGAUAGCUUAGGAUCACGAAGUCCGGAGAACCUUUCUCACGUUGGAGCGAAUAAUCCUGCCAUAACCUCGAACAACGGAUCUUACGCUCCGAAUAACAACAACGCCUCUGCGUUGACAAACAACAAUAACCUAAUCAACAAUAACCACCUGAAGGGAAAAUCACACACGAUAUCGGACAUGUUGGAUCACAAACUACAGAUGAGUUUUCUCGGCCCUCCACUGGCCGCGCUCCAUUCGAUGACCGAGAUGAAAGUUCAGGGAGGAAGCCCGGUUCAAGCAAUGUCGCCACAAACUCAGGCGCAUCAAACGGGGAUGGUGGGAGGUGGUGGCGCCCCUAAUCCGCACGGUAUCGAUAACAUCCUGUCCCGACCGCCGCCGGUUACCAGUGCCCAACUGAAUGCCUUAGGAGGUGGAAUGCCUCGCUUCACGGCAGCCGUCGCCGCCGCAGCCAAUAUGGCUCAGUAUCUCUCUCAGAGCCACGGUGGACCUCUCAAAACCCAUUCAGGUGCGCUAGUGGAACGAACUCAUCUCUACUGGCCCGGGCUGCAAGGAUUAGUCACCAAUCCGAUGGCCUGGCGGGAACGAUUCGGUUCAA